AUGCCUGCCUUGGUGACUGCUCUCUGCCAGCUGAUUAUCCCCAUGGUUGUCCUGCCACACUUCUCAGCAUCUCUUCCCUCCCAGGAGAGGACUGAGAGGCAUGCUGAUGGGCUCUUCCACAGUGAGCUCAGCAAGAUGAAUGGCAAUGCCUACGUCAGGCAGCUGGUCAAGAACCUGGUGGGCCUCAGGGAGAGGUCCCAGAGGCACUCUGAUGGCCUGUUCACCAGUGAGUACAGCAAGAUGAGAGGAAAUGCUCAGGUCCAGAAAUUCAUUCAAAGCCUGAUGGGCCGCAAGCGCAGCUCUCCAGACCCAGUCAACACAGAUGUGCAGGGGAGAGAGGAAGAAAACAUCCAUGAGGAGCUCUGCUUUCUGUGGUUGUACCAGAGCUUUCUAAACACCAGCCACUCAGACAGUGAUGCCAGGGAAGCUGCUGCAGUGACCAGCCAGUUCAUCUGCCCCUUCUCUGAGCAGCUGGUUGCAGAGAUGAAGGAAGACAGAGCCAGUUUUGACUGA